AGAGGAAAGCCAGGACCGGGGAUAGCGACCCCUGAGCAGUGCUCUCCGUGCUGAGCGGCGGGGAUCCAGAGCUGCUGUGUUAAGGCAACAUGAGUGAGCGACAAGGUGCUGGGGCAACCAAUGGAAAAGACAAGACAUCUGGCGAAAAUGAUGGGCAGAAGAAAGUUCAAGAAGAAUUUGACAUCGACAUGGAUGCGCCAGAGACAGAACGCGCAGCGGUGGCCAUUCAGUCUCAGUUCAGAAAAUUCCAGAAGAAAAAGGCUGGGUCCCAGUCCUAGCGGGAGAGCCCCUUCCUAGUCUGCCAGAAGACAUCGAAUUCCACCAUCAUCUGUCAAGGAAUUAAAAGAACAACACCCUAGAGAGAAAUCAUCUACACACCAUACACACAUGCACAGCAGUCCCAAAAUGCAUGUACAGAGACCCAUGAUAUUUAUACCCUGAUAGGAAAGUGUAGACAAUGCAGUUGUGAGUGGCUUAAUCUCUGUGUUUGCCUCCAGUAUCAUUCCUCCUGCAACUAAGUAUCUUCCUUGAUGUUGUAAUAAAAUGGAGUUAAGAUGCGUGA